AAGAGCAUUUGAGGACACAUACAAAAGAAAAACCAUAUUCAUGUGAAAUUUGUAAAGAGUCAUUUUCUCAGAGUGGAAAUUUGAUGAAGCAUUUGAGGACACACACAAAAGAAAAACCAUAUUCUUGUGAAAUUUGUCAAGAGUCAUUUUCGGAGAGUGAAAAUUUAAAAAGGCAUUUGAGGACACAUACUAAAGAAAAACCAUAUUCAUGUGAAAUUUGUAAAAAGUCAUUUUCUCAGAGUGGACAUUUAAAAAUCCAUUUGAGGACACAUUUGAAAACCCAUUUGAGGAUACACACUAAUGAAAAACCAUAUUGUUGUGAGUUUUGUAGAAAGACAUUUUCUCAAGUCUCGCAUAUGAAA